UAAGACCUCCCAGUCUUCUCUUCGCCCCCCAGGUCCUUACGCAGCACAGGGCUUUUGCCUUUCUCGCUGCAGGCAGGAAGAACAGCACUUGCAAGCAGCAGCAGGUGCAGUAAGGUGGAGGGGUGUCUCCUGCUUCCUGGAACCGUGACCCGUGGAAUUUCUUUCUCUGUUCCAGCUCAACGCAGGAGAGACGCUGUUUUGCAGAUUACAGAACUCAAGCGCUUCCUGAAGCUUAAAAGUGGAGGAAUUCAAAGCCAAGGAUAUACAGCACAUCUAGAAGAUUUUAUUUGAGCCUCAAGUCUUCUGCUUGUAAGGAAAGGGAUCUGUCCAGAAAGAGCCUGCGAGCCCUCCCGUCUGGGUUAAACAGGACUUUUUGACCUCAGGCGCUGGCUCAGGACCCUGCUACGAAAGGGUCUCUGUGUGUAUAGAGAGGAGGGCUUAAUCGCUUAGCAGAAGAAUGGAUAAUGUCCUCCCAGUGGACGCAGACCUCUUCCCAAACAUCUCCACCAACAUCUCGGAGCCUAACCAGUUUGUGCAGCCGGCCUGGCAAAUUGUCCUUUGGGCAGCUGCCUACACAGUCAUCGUGGUGACCUCCGUGGUGGGCAACGUGGUGGUGAUGUGGAUCAUCUUGGCCCACAAGAGAAUGAGGACAGUUACCAACUACUUCCUGGUGAACCUGGCCUUCGCAGAGGCCUCCAUGGCUGCAUUCAAUACAGUGGUGAACUUCACCUACGCUGUCCACAACGAGUGGUACUAUGGCCUGUUCUACUGCAAAUUCCACAACUUCUUCCCCAUUGCUGCUGUCUUUGCCAGUAUUUACUCCAUGACGGCUGUGGCCUUCGAUAGGUACAUGGCCAUCAUCCACCCCCUCCAGCCCAGAUUGUCGGCCACAGCCACCAAGGUGGUCAUCUGUGUCAUCUGGAUCCUGGCUCUCCUCCUGGCCUUCCCCCAGGGCUACUAUUCAACCACGGAGACCAUGCCCAACAGAGUGGUGUGCAUGAUCGAAUGGCCAGAGCAUCCCAACAAGAUUUAUGAGAAAGUGUACCACAUCUGCGUGACUGUGCUGAUCUACUUCCUCCCCCUGCUGGUGAUAGGUUAUGCUUACACCGUAGUGGGCAUCACCCUGUGGGCCAGUGAGAUACCUGGGGACUCCUCUGACCGCUACCACGAGCAAGUCUCUGCCAAGCGUAAGGUGGUUAAGAUGAUGAUCGUUGUUGUAUGCACCUUUGCUAUCUGCUGGUUGCCCUUCCACAUCUUCUUCCUCCUGCCUUACAUCAACCCUGAUCUCUACCUGGAGAAGUUUAUUCAGCAGGUUUACCUGGCCAUUAUGUGGCUGGCCAUGAGCUCUACCAUGUACAACCCCAUCAUCUACUGCUGUCUCAAUGACAGGUUCCGUCUGGGCUUCAAGCAUGCCUUUCGGUGCUGCCCUUUCAUCAGUACUGGCGACCAUGAAGGGUUCGAAAUGAAAUCCACUAGGUACCUCCAGACCCAAGGCAGCAUCUAUAAAGUCAGCCGCCUGGAGACCACUGUCUCCACAGUGGUGGGGGCCCAUGAGGAAGACCUGGAGGAAGGGCCCAAGGCCACGCCCUCAUCCCUGGACCAGAUCUCCAAUGACCCCUCUCACAGCGACUCUAAGACCACGAUGGAGAGCUUAAGCUUCUACUCCAACAUGCUCUCCUAGACCACGGGGCUUUCAGCGGGCAUGGCCACCUCUAUCUUUGUCUUGCUUCAUUUCAUGCAUGGAUAAAUCUCCAGUAUAAAAUCCAUAAGAAACACCCUUGGGACUUGUGAAAGGCUGAGAAUAGUUUGGGGAAAACAUUCCAUUCUGAAGUCAAAAACCUACAUUCUUCUAUAUCUUUGUCACACAUGCACUGUGUGACCGAAAAAUCAUUGACUUCUCUGAGCCUGUACAAUGAGGUUAAACUUGAUUUUCUCUGCAAUCCAUUCCAAGAUUCUAGAAUUAAUUUCAAUUGCAUGUAUUCAUUUCAGGGUGAUUCCUGCAAUGCAGCAACAGAUCAAACUGAUCUGUUUGCCUAGAGACCCUGUCUUAUUUCAAUAAAGGUGUUCUCAAUCUUGCUUAGAUUAUUUUCCUUUACCUGGUGGCUCACACUGCAUCAGCCUCUGCUUGAUAAGGUAACAAAAGGAGAAACCAGCUAAAAUCUGAUUGAAAGAUUUAACCUUCUCUUCUAAGCACCAAUGAAAAUAAGGUAUACUUCUGCCCAUUUUGGCAUCUCAAUAAAUCAAUGCAUCAUGGAAUUGAGAGUUUCAAAUUCAUCUGUAUUGUGUCCCCAUUGACUAUCAUGAGCCACCAAUGCAAAUAGAAUAUGUCUACUGAUACUAGUUAAUGUCAGUUAUGAACCAAGACUCAGGAGAACUGUGCAACACUUAAUCUGAUCCUCUCUUUCCUUAUUUGUAAAACUAAGAGGCUGAAUGACAUCAUCUAGGUGUCCCUUGAAAUUUUAACAUUCAUCAGUUCAAUGAUUUUAUGUGUUUUUUGUUUGUGUAACCAAAAAUUGAUAAUAAGAGCAGUAAGUCUAGUGACUUAAUACCCAGCUCUUAGAGAUGUAGCAACUACUAAGACCAUGUAUCAAUAUCCACAUAUGACAUUCUCUGAUUUGUCCUAGAACUGUGAGUAUUUUUCUUCUCCUGAAAGAUUUUUGCCUUUGACAGAGCAGAGGACUUUGUGUCAAAACUUGCAUCUCUCUAUCAGGCCUUCGCAGGCUAGGUCUCACAGUCAGAGAAUGCCACUGGGAAAGACAAACGUGUGGGUUCCCUGCUCUGGCCUUUUGGUUAUCUUAGGGCAGGGGCACUCAUGCAGAUUGUUCUUUAUAAGAGCAUUAGGUAUGUACUCAGAUGCUCAAUGACUGAGGAGGCUGUGCCCUGCAAUCACAUUUGGGGGAAGAGGCCACCUUACAUCUUCUCUUUAGACUCUGAAUCUCCCUUUCCUGCCACUGGCUUUGCUGGCCUCCUGCCUGAAAGAGGUAGAAUGAUCAAUGUACCCUAAAGAAGAAGAGUCGGUCAACAAAGAGUCAUAGCACUUCACGUCCUAACACAGUUUUUGGGUUACAGCAGGCGAGCAUGCAAUUUCUUUCUCCAGAUCUGUGCUUUGUCCAGAUGUGGCUGAAAGCAGAGACAAUAUGUAACUAUAUAAAUGCCUUCCUCGUGGUCUGAAGAAUGCAUGCACAAGUCCUGCGUACAUCGUGUUGAAGGAGAACAGUGGUGCACAUCAGGUUUACAGCCUUUACCAGCUGGGCUGGCCCCAACCCUGCUAGGGCAUUGGCAGGCCAUGAAGAAGCUGCACAGCAAUAGUAGGAGCCAGAGGGACCUGACAGCCACGUUUGCCAAAGCAGAACGAGAAGGAUUACACUAAGGAAACCAGUUCAGUGUAAACAUAUGGAUGGAAUACUUAAUUUAGGGGCAACAAAAGUCAGUGCCCAAAACAUUUUAGUCAUACUUCUAACUAACAAUCAGGCCGUGUAUGGAUUAUUCACUUCAGAGGGAUUUAAAGAACUGGCAUGAUUAUGAGAAGUACCUAAGAAGAAAAUGUUAAGGAGUAGGGGACAUUCUCUCUAUGGAAGAGUUUAGAGUUGAAUUUAACAAGGAUUACUGAACACUUGAUCUGGACUUGGCCCUGAGCUGGGGACACACGACUUCUUCUGUUCUUGAGAAAGCCUAUCAGAUAGGCCACUGCUAACUCACCAGUCUUAGUUGGGCUAGGCUGCCCAGCAGGCAUGGAGGCAGUUGAGAAGCAGAUUCUCCACAGGAUCCUAAAGACCCACACUCAACAUACAUAAUGGAGUCAAAGUCAAAGACCUUAAGAGCCUUUUGCAAUGGAAGCUCUUUGAGAUAAUUCCAAAGAGAGCACCAGCCAAUCUCGGGGAACUGAAGGGAUGUGGUUGGACAGCAUCAUCACUGCACAUUGUAGGAGUGGGCAGUGUCAAAUAUGGCAGAACAUUUCCUCUGAGACAGAGAGCCCUUCAAGCCUUCCACUGACCCACCCUCCAACACCCAUUUAACUGAUAAAAGUGCUGCUGUCUUCUCCCAUGUGUGAGAUACACCAUGAUUUGUACUGUGCAUGGGUCUCACUCUUAUAGAAAUGUGUCACCCUGUGUUUAUCUCCUAAGUGUUUUUCCUUGAUAUUCUGUUCAGUAGUGAUAAAAUAGAAGGCACCAUUGGGCCAUCUUUGUUAUGUUACUUCCAAAAUGUGGGAUCCAGUUGCUGUCAGUGAGCUAUUUAUACUGUGCCAAUUCCUCCUUGUUCUUUCAAAGACAGAAACUGAUGUAUAUCACAGACACAGAGUAGGGCCAUAGCAACUGAGGGAUGGGGAGGAAGACUAAAUGGAAAGGACUAAAGGACAGUUCUUAUCUUCCUCACCUCCCACUAAAGUGCUAAGACAUAGUGGAAUUUCCUUUUUCUCAGAAAGACUAGGUGCAACCCUGGGAAAAGGGGGCUUGGGAGCUAAACUUAUUGACCUGGCUUUCAGGAAGAAUCAAGUAAGCAAAG